CCCCUUUACGGACAGAGAGGGAACAAGAUUAUCACUGUGAUUUAUGGCUGAUCGUCUGCUGCCAGGGGAGAGAACAGAAUUAGCUUUGUUUUUCAAUAGGUGAAGGAACAAAUAGUCUUUCAUCAUGGAAUCCGUGAUCGAAGACAACAUCGAUCCUGGUGAUCUGAAGAAAUUUGAGCUGAUGUACAAUGACCAAUAUCGAAGAGGACACGUUGCAGAAAAAACACAGUUUGACUAUGCCUGGUGCCUUAUCCGCAGUCGAUACGUUGAAGAUAUGAAGCGCGGGGUCUCUCUUUUGGAUGACCUUCUGAGAACUGCAAAAGAUGACAUGUCAAAAAGGGACUACCUUUACUACAUUGCUGUUGGAUACACCAGGUUAAAGGAUUAUGAAAGGGCGUUAAAAUAUGUGGAUGCCAUCAGGCACAUUGAACCAUCAAACCAUCAGGCCAGACAGUUACACAACUACAUCAAGAAAAAGAUGGAGAAAGAUGCUCUGAUGGGGAUAGCAAUAGUAGGUGGUGCUGCCUUAGCACUUGGAGGCCUUAUAGGGCUGGGUGUUGCUGCUCUCAAGAAAAAAUAAAGUGGCCGUAUUGUUUGAAGAUGCUGGUAUCUUUGUAUCAUGUUGUAUAUAUUAGAGGUGGACAACAUUGAUAAUAAAAAGAGGAACCCAUAAACUUAAUCACUCUUUGUUUCAUGCAAGGGCAGUUCAGAUUCAAAUAAAAUUUCAACUCAGCAAAUCUAUUUGUCAGAACAGGUUAUACAGAAUCUUACAUUUUGUCCAGACAUGAUGUCAUUUUCAUCUUGUUUGGCAUGUUGAGAAGCUUUGGAAGAAAUCUCUGUUCAUUUGAUAGCUUAUUUAUAGUAGUGUGCAUCAUUUGAUGAAAUACAGGGUUCAUUAAAUUCUACUUUUUUCAAACCCACUUUCAAGUUUCCCAGACAUGAACUCAACAUGACAUGAUAUGCUACAGAUGUAUGAUUUAAUCAAGAGCUUUGAAGCAAAGCUAUGGUCUGGAACAUUCAAGUUUUUUGUCGGUCAGUCAAGCAAUCCACUCAGUAAGCUGAUGACCCAAAUAGAAUGAUGAAUCUAUGUGUGAAGGAGAAUCAGCUGAAAACCUUAAAAGUACUACAGAAAGAACAGAUUGUAAUAAUGUGUAAUUUAUGUGAAUGACAAACAAGAUUUGCAUAAUUAAUGAUAGUAAUUCUACAGACAGCAGCCAAGAUUCUGCAAGCUGGAUCACUUACCUAAAUGUAAAGAUGGUAAUGCCAGUCCAGGUUUACUUGAAAACAGAGUGAUGUCUCUGCCACAGGUUCUUUUAAUUUGAAUCAUGAUUGAUGGUGAUAGAUUUACUGAUUUCAUUUGUGAAGACUAUUCAGAUUAGUAUGGUUAGUAUGAUUAGUUAUGCCAGCCUUCUUAAAAUUUUCAGCCCUGGGAAACCCUGACUUUCAAAGCUUUGUAUGAACCCUGUGAAUAAUCUGUCAGAAGUGAUAAAUGUAACAUCAGUUUGCUUGAACCACCCUUGUGUAUUUGUAUAUAAACAAGGACCCUUGCCAUAGAGGGAACCUAUUAGGUGCACAUCACCAGACUACAGACAUUUUGAUUUUUUCUUUUGAUU